UGCCGCUGCAGAGCUCAGCUGUGAGGAACAUGUAGAGAAGAUGGUCCUCAAACUUCAGGACGCGGAUAAACGGGCGGGACACGCUGUCUUCGGCUCGGCCAGAGACCGCACUCUGAUCGGCUGCACUGUCAACUGAAGCGAUGCAGUCCCUGCCCAUGGAAGUGGGCAGCAGCAGCAGCAGCGGCUCGGCUCCCAGCGACACCUCUGGCUCCAUGGUGCAGGUGUGCUUCCCCAGCGCUCAGGCCUCGGUGCUGGACAGCCUGAACCGGCAGAGAGAGGACGGCAGGCUCUGCGACCUCUCCAUCCACGUCCAGGGACAAGUGUUUAAGGCCCACCGCUGCGUCCUGGCCGCGUCCUCACCCUACUUCCAUGACCAGGUACUUCUGAAGAACAUGUCUACAGUCUCCAUCCCGGCAGUGAUGGACCCGCUGGCCUUUGAGAGCGUGCUGAGCUGUGCCUACACCGGUCAGCUCCGGAUGCUACGCGAGGACAUCGUCAACUACCUCACGGUGGGCAGCGUCCUGCAGAUGUGGCACAUCGUGGACAAAUGCACCGAGCUGCUGAAGGAGGGCCGAGCUGCCGCCGGAGGAGGGACGGGUGGAGGAGGCGGAGGCGUGCAGGACAGAGCCAGUGUGGGAGGGGGUGCAGGGUCAGCUAACCCCGGGUGUAGCAGCAGCAACGGUGACGGGGGGCCAGCUGGUGGGCUUGAAGCCGGGAGUGACGGUGGUGCAGGUCAAGCUCAGGUCGUGGGGUCCAACGAGCCCCAGCGUGCCUCCCAACCUCCCAGCCGCCCGUCAGUGAGCGAGAGCCAGUCUCCCAGCAGCACCAACUACUUCAGCCCCAGGGACGGGAGCAGCUUUGGGGGAGGCAGUGCAGCCGCAGCCGGGGCUUCGGUGGACGGGGGCGGGGCUAGCAACACCCCCAGCUACUGCACGCCAUCGGGAGGGGAGGAGGCCUUCCUCAUCGAGGAAGAGGAGGACGAAGUAGAGGAGGAAGAGGAGGAGGUGUUGUACCACCAAAGGAAGAGGGGAAGAGGAGGAGGCAGCGGAAGGAGGAAGAAAGCAAGCUCAGUGUCAGAGCAGGAAGUCGGAGUCAGCGACAGCUUUGGUGUGUCGUCCUAUCAGGAUGGGGAGGACUCAGCGCUGCCGCCGCAGAAGCGUCCCACCUACAGCCAGCCCAGCAUCAUGCCUCGCAAACAGUGGGUGGUGGUGAAAACCGAACGCACGGAGGACGACGACCUCAUCGUGGUGUCCGGGGAGGAGGGAGGGGAGGACGAGGAAGACGAGGACGAGAGGGAGGUGGAGCUGGCCAGAGAGAGGGAGAGAAGCGACUUCAACAUCUCCAACGUCAGGAGCCUUUCAGCCGAGCUGGGAAGUAGAGCUGAGAAUGACAUGGACUCACAGAUGGACUACUGCCAGUCUUCAGAAGACUACCUCAAGUUUGAAGGCAGUUUAAUGGACCAGACGUUAGCGCAGCACCUUCAUGAAAGCGCUGCAGGUCAGAGCCAGAGCGCUAACCGUGCUGUGUCAGCGCUGCUGGGCCAGGUUCAGUCCGCAGCCACGGCCCGGGCCCAGCUCUUCCCCCUGGACAUGCAGGGGAACCAGAUCCUCCUGUACAGCCAGGCCUCCGGACUCUCUCUGGACGCUGCCGCCCCCCCCCUGGGGAUGGCAGGUGGUAUGAUCGGAGCAGCCUCUUUCAAAGGUCCCGGUCUGGAGCACGGCGCGGUCCACCUGUCGGUGCAGGGUGGUUUGGGAGUCGAUGGCAUGGACAGCGGGGGGAUCGGAGGUGGAGGCGGCAGCGGCGGCGGCAACAGCGGCACCGGGGGUUCAGGGAAAGUGUUUAUGUGUCACUGUGGUAAAACCUUCACCCACAAGAGCAUGAGGGACCGCCACAUUAACAUGCACCUGGACCUGAGGCCGUUCCACUGCCCCGUCUGCGCCAAGAAGUUCAAGAUGAAGCAUCACCUCACAGAGCACAUGAAGACGCACACGGGCCUCAAGCCGUACGACUGCCUCGGCUGCGGCAAGAAGUUCAUGUGGCGCGACAGCUUCAUGAGGCACCGCUCGCACUGCGAGAGGCGCAGCGGGCUGGGGGAGAGCGGGGAGGGUGGGAGCGGCGGCGAGGGAGGGAGACGAGGGGGAGGGGGAGGUGAUGAUGGGCCGGAUUUGAUUUCCUCCCCUCACCUCCUCCUGUCUGCGGUUGAGGGAGGUCAGGGUAAUAUGCUGGGAGGAGGAGGGAGAGGGGGAGUGUCUGUUUCCUCUCCGCAUCUUUCCGGUGCCGUUCUGUCGCCGCAGCACGGAGGCGUCUCAGCCACAGGAAGUAGCAGCAGCAACAACAGUGCGAGCAACAACAUGGCCGCCGCAGGAGCGCACCUAGGGGUCGUCUCUCAGAGUCCAGGUCAGGGUCAGGGAUCUGGGAUGUUUGGUCUAGGGUUAGGUCGAAGUGUGUGUGACGAAGACGUGUGUGAAGUCAGUGCCAAUGAGAGCAGCGUGACUUAAACCAAAACUGUGUGUCAUGUCCAACGGGCGCCUCUCGGGGAGGUAACAGUCGACUUCCUGGUUCCCGCGCGGUGCUCCUCUGAAACACUUUGAACUGCCGUCACUCAGCGUCUGAAGCAGGAAGUGCGUAAACAGGCGAGGCUCCCGUUGGACACACAACCUGGAGAACCUGAAGGUGUUUACAGAAAAACGGGACUUUGAGAUUCCAGUCAAGUCUUUGUGAAGUUUCUCAAACAGACUUGUGGUUGUGCUGGUGCCAUCUGAAGUUGUCUGCAGUUCUUGUUCCGCGACGACUUCAGACAACUUUGCCUCCGAAAAAGUGGCCUCAUGAAAAAUGGACCUUUUGUCUCAGUGAGUAAGCUAUCGUUUUAAAUAUCCAAGAUGUUUAUUUUUGUUGGUUCGGUGGAAGAAUGUGUGCGUGUGGAGAGGAAACCAAAAAUGUAAAGACAGUGCUUCACUAACUGUUACCUUCUGUGGCAACAUUAUAGUAUCAGUAGAGUAGAAAAAUGGCUGUUCUAAAUUGCUGUGAUUUUCUGCAGUAUCGUAUUGAUUGUGAUUUGUUGCUGUAAUCAGAUAAAAAAAAAAAAAAAAAAAGCUGCGAGAGAAGAUGAAAAUGAAAGAAACGAUGAGAUUCACGUCGCGUCUUUUGGAAACAGGCACAAGGAUUUUAACAGAUUUCGAAGCGUCAGGGAGGAAUCAUGAAGCUCACUCAGACAACUCAGUCAAACUCAAACAUUGCAGAUGUGUGAGUGUGUGUGUGUGUGUGUGUGUGUGUGUUUUUUUUAAGUUCCUCACAGCAGCAGCGAUACAUCUUUCCCUGCCUCAGUGCCCCACGUAACGAGCCGUCAGCACUGCCAUGUUGUUUGAGACGAUAGUUCGGCGCUGCUUGGAUCACAGUAACGGCACAAUGAUUAAUCGUAGAUCCCCGACACGUGUACAGGGAAGGAUAUCCGCCAGACAGGAACCGUGUCAUUCGCCGGUUUUGCUGCUGUUCCCUGCUUUCACUUUCUUAUGUUAUCGUUCACAGAGUUCUCGUGCUUUGAGGAGUAUAUAUUAUUCUUACUGUAAAUACAUAGAGAUAUACUGUAGGUCAUCAGACCAGGAACAAAUACUGACUUUAAAUACUGAUGCAGUCGCUGCCGUAUGAAGGAGUUCAUGAGUUUGAAAGUUUCCCAGAACUGAUCUUAACCCACGAUGCAUCUCUCCAAGAGGAGUGUCAGGGAGGUUGUGGGAAACCUGGUGAUGGUAGAUGGUUUUCUUAUCUAAGCUAUACAGAGUAUAGUGUGUAUACCUCCUCUGAAUGGUAAUCCAAGUCAUGGACCUGAUUGAAAAGAAGUAGCUGUUAUUCACACAAACAAGUCACAUGUUUUAUUCUUUUUACUGGACAGCGUUUUGUUACGUUUCAUUUUCUUCUUCGUGUGGACUUUACACUCGUGUUUAGGUUCUAAUGUUUUCCACUGGUGGCGUUUUUCUUCUUGCAAUAAUUUUAGAAGCACGACUGAGUGACGGCGGUCCUGACCUCCCAGAAGCUUUUCAGUGUGGAGACACAUUCAGUCUGUUUAUCGGUGAAAGAGCGAAGCAGUGUUUCCUCUCUGUUCAUAUUUAUCAGCAGUGGUUGUGGUUUUGGUCUCACGCCGGCCCUUGUUUUGGAUGUGAAGGUGGUUUGAAACAAAAGAUAACGACGGGCUUGGUUUAAAUACAGGUUUUCUUACAAGUCCAGGUUGAUAGAUUGAGAUUUCACUUUUGGAACUACCGGAGAAAAAACUUUUAUUCCAUGAAAAAACAAAAGUAAAAAACCGGACUCGUCAAACAUCAUGAAUAUUACAAUUUAUAAAUAUCGUGAAACAGUGGAUAAUUAUUGUUGAGCCACUAACUGACUGUUGAUGGACAGACAGUUAUUCAAUUACAGUUUUGAUGCUCUACAAAUUAAAUUGUGUAAAUUUAUGUAAAUCUUUAUUAUUGAUUAUUUGACCGAUCACAGAAAAUAAUAUUCAAACAAUAUCGAUGAUGAAUAAAUGACCAGGGAAAGGGUUAGCUUAGGUUACUUGGCACUUUAGCUUUGCGGUGAGGCACAUUUAAGGUGUCUAUCUUCCAAACUGUAUACAACCUGAUCAAAAUGAAUGAAUCAAUAAAAUAAUCAUUAAGUGAAACCCUGGUAAUAGCAGCCAUGUUUUACCACUGCUGAAUAAAUAUUUGGGGACAGACUGCGGACACUGUUAGUGCCGAUUUACUUGUGGGAGUUCAGGGCUUGAAGUUCAUCUUUGUUUAGUCACAAUGAAACAAGAUGUUAAACCUCAGAGAAACGUGACCUCAUAGUUUCAAACAUCAUGUUCAUGAGUUCUGUGCUGUAUCUACAUAUACUGGGACUAGUUCUGACAUAAUAUCAGGUCUGUGUGAUGCAUUUAGGGACCAUACUGAUCAUGGUACAACUACUGAAAAGACACACUGACAGGGGUGAUACACUACAGUUUCAAUACUUUGCUGCCUUUGUUAUUCCAUUAAAACACAGAAUUGGUUUUGUUUGUGAAGGAGGUCGUGUUCGUCAUCUCGUGUGUGUGUCGACAUGUUUGAGAGCGUGUUAUUGCCAAAUAGGUUCAGGUGCCUUCACCAGCACGUUGACCUGCUCAUUCUCCACCUGUCUCUGUUUCUGUUGAUCUUACAGAGGAAACAAAACAUACAGUUCUUAUACCAAUCCGAAACAAACAGAUUUUCUUGUGUUGUGACACCUUAAACAGUUAUUACAUCAUUAUGUAUUAGUGCACAAGUCGUAUGUUAAACUGCAGGUUACCGCAACAAAAACAACUGAUGCUAUUAACACUUAUUAAAGUUUAAACGUAGCCUGUCUUCUUCUUUAUUUCUUGUUUUUGUUUCUGUCCUGAUACAGAAAGUUACAGACUCAUUAGAGAACUCAUUGUUCACUUCCACCCAGUUGGAAAAUGAUCUGAACGAGAUAAGAUCCUCCACAAGGGGGCGCUCUUCAGUCAGGGUUAGCUAUGCCCUCCUCCCUUAAAUUCUUAGAACAUUAGUUUUAACAACGUGCUGUUCAUCACAUUUCACUUCAUGGGCCAGUGUGCAGGAUUCAGGUGGAUCUAUCUAUGAUAUCGAUAUGUUUUCAUUAGUGUAUAAUCACCUGAAACUAACUGUCGUUGUUAUCUUAAGCUUAGAAUAAGCCCUUCAUUAUCUGUAUAGGGAGCUGGUUUCUAUAAUAGCCCAGAGUGGACAAACCAACACUGGCGCAUUUUGUGUUUUUAUGUCACUUGAAGGCCACCGUAGCUUCUCCUACAGGCUUGCAAAGGGAGGGGUGAGGGGAGGGGGGUAUUCACUUGGUUGCAAUCUGCAAACUCACCACUAGAUGGCACUAAAUCCUCCACACUGGUCCUUUAAAUGUAAAACUUGAUCCAUUCAGAAAGGAAAACUACGUAAUUCAAUACAAUACAGUGAAAUUCAAGACAAACAUGGUUUUAUAUAGAAUAAAAAUAUAUUGUUAUAUGUGAUAAAGUAAAUCCUUUUUUUUUUCUGAUCAGUAUUUUCU